AUGUCACAGUUCGAUUUCAAAUCGUAUCGCGUACGGGACUUCGUCCAUUCCUUAACCAUGCACCAGGAGCAUCAAGAACUUCUAAGCUACGAAGAAACCAUUAAAUACGCCAGGUUCCCAGCCCUUGAUACCUACCCGGACAGUAGCAACACCAUCCUGCUUCCAAUCCGAGAAGAGCACAGUGAGGUGUUUGACAUACUGGACUGGUUAUAUCGAACCAAGCAUGUCAGAACGAUUUUGGAUCUCAAGGUUCUUGACCGACUUAUCAACCCACACAGCGAACGCGAUAUUGCACAAUAUGUCCAGGAUUUCGGGGUUGAAAUCCUCGAUUGGCGCUUUCUGGACAUGUCGCUUUCCGUUUUCAGUGAUGAGACGAAGAAGAGAAUUCGUGGUCUCCAUUUGUACUCCAGCGGGAAGAUGGCAGCGAUCAGUCACUGGCUGAAUGAGAAAGAUGGGUUGAGGACUUUUGAGAAUGUAAGUCACCACAUGAACGGAUGCCGUGUGACGUCGGGGAAUGGCCAGAGUCUGGGUACUCAUGUGCGGACGUCGUCUGCCUGA